AUGGGGAAUGUGGGAGAUACGCUGCUGAUGGGCACUGCAGUGCGCUGGAGGGACUGCAGAUUGAGGUGCGCGGAAGGGGGGAGAGAAGGGGGAAUGCGAGGGGUUGGAGUGGGGGAGGGGGGGGUGGGGUGGAAGGAAAUGGGGGAGAAAAUCGACACGGCGCUGCUGAUGGGGACUGAGAGCAGCGCGCUGGAUGGAUUGCAGAUUGAGGUGCGCGACAUAACAGCGAGGCAGGAGUGGAUGGAGGCAUAUCAGUACGAGAUUCCAGUCAUGAUGAGAGUGACGGUGGACCAAUCAGGGAACGCUGUAGAGACCCUCAUUCCCCGCCAGUCACCGCGGGCAUCAGUGGAGCGAGUGAGGAAGACACUAGAGGCCGCAUUCUCAAGUUAA